UACUGGCCGCCCUGCUGUGGCUUGUCUGUCCUUCAUGCAGCCCGCAACAUCUCGCGAGAACCAAGCCGAGGCAUGACGAGAUGAGGGGCUCAGGUGUAGGAGCGUGUCGCGGGACCGGGUCAGUGUGUGUGAGAGACUGCAGGCAUCUCACAUCAUCUCCUCCCACUAUUGCCAGCUACACACCACCACCACCACAACACUCAAUCAGAGGAGGAGGAGGAGGACCGCUGCGUCUCUAUGGUGAUAUCCUCCUUAGCGCGAGCAGCUCGUUCUCCCCCUUCUUCCCGCGCGCUUUAGUUUGGAGAAGCCCGCGCCAAGAUGAUGUCCAUGAACAGCAAGCAGACGCACUUCGGGAUGCACCCGUCGCUCCCGGAGCAUAAGUACACCACCCUGCAUUCCAGCUCCGAGGCCAUCCGCAGGGCGUGCCUACAGACCCCGCAGCUGCAGAGUAACAUCUUCGCCAGUCUAGAUGAGACGCUGCUGGCUCGCGCGGAGGCUCUCGCGGCCGUGGACAUCGCCGUGUCGCAGGGCAAGACGCAUCCCUUCAAACCGGACGCCACCUACCACACCAUGAACACUGUCCCGUGCUCCUCCAACUCCACCGUGCCGCUGGCCCACCACCACCACCACCACCAUCACCACCACCACCCGAACCACCUCGACCCCCCGCCGGACAUCAUGGACCACCUCAGCUCGCCCUCUCUCGCGCUCAUGAGCGGCGGGCACGACGGGUCCGGUGGUGGCGGCGGAGGAGGAGGUGGUGGAGGUGGUGGAGGUGGAGGAGGUGGGGGUCUGCUCUCUUCCUCGGCCCACGCACACUCCCACAUGCACGGCUUGACUCACCUGUCUCACCACCAGGCCGCUAUGAGCAUGAGCUCCCCCCUCACCCAUCACCACCACGGCCUCCUCCCGGGACACCACGGCGGUGGCCUGGGUAAUAACGGACUUCCAUCCAUCAACGAGUCGGACACGGACCCGCGGGAGCUGGAGGCCUUCGCAGAGCGCUUCAAGCAGCGGAGGAUCAAGCUGGGCGUGACCCAGGCGGACGUGGGGGGCGCGCUGGCCAACCUGAAGAUCCCGGGCGUUGGGUCGCUCAGCCAGAGCACCAUUUGCCGCUUCGAGUCGCUCACGCUGUCCCACAACAACAUGAUCGCGCUGAAGCCUAUCCUGCAGGCCUGGCUCGAGGAGGCGGAGGGCGCCCAGCGGGAGAAGAUGAGCAAACCGGACAUUUUUAACGGCGGGGAGAAGAAGCGGAAGAGGACGUCGAUCGCCGCUCCAGAGAAGCGGUCUCUGGAGGCGUACUUCGCCGUCCAGCCAAGGCCCUCGUCGGAGAAGAUCGCGGCGAUCGCGGAGAAGCUGGACCUGAAGAAGAACGUGGUGCGGGUCUGGUUCUGCAACCAGAGACAGAAACAGAAACGCUUAAAGUUCUCCGCUGCGCACUGACGGAGUUUUGGAGUUUUUUCUGGGAGACUGAAUUUGGGGACCAAGGAACAAUUUCACACCACGUUCAGUCUUUUAUCUCCGACCAAUUUUGACAAUGUGGCGUCCAAUGGGCUUUAGAGAUGUCCGUUCUGUCUGGUUUAUCUGGAUCUAUGGGGAUAUAUCUUCAUAUAUAUCUGCAUACAUCUGCUUUAUUUUCACGUUAUUGGUGAAUGUGAAUAUGGGAAUAGCAGCGGACAAGAGGAGAGAGGUAAAGUAUUUCCCCUCUCAUGAUCUGAAGUUUAUAGCCAUUAACAAUUUACCUCAUUCAUUGUUGUUCUGUGUUCCGUUGCUGUUUUUUUAUUCUUGUCGUUGUUGUUGUUGUUGUUGAAUUAUUUAUGAGGCUGUUCAUUUAUUCAUCCGUUCGUUUGUUAUGCUUUUAGAGGUUUGUGUAAAUUCAAAUUAAGUUGCGAAACCGAUGGCUGUACAUGAACAACGUUUGUGGGCCUGCAUGGAGAACAAACUGACAGACAACGACCACAUAGGCUAGCCUAUAUAUAGAUUUAUUAUUUUGAACUUGCACAGAAAUGGAAUCGUUAUUGCGAAAUGGUUUUGUAUAUAAAAAAUAAUAUCACUUUAUCACUUCUACAGAAGUAGGCCUAAUGUCCUUCGUUUGGAAAUAAUUUAUGGUCGGGCCUUUUUUUCUAGCGACGUGAUUUGGCUUUCACCUAAAAAGUAAAACGUUUCAGAAGCACGACAGUAAUGUGGAUCCUGCAAAUGAUUAUUGAUAAUGGUUCAUGAUAAUGACAAGGCCUACUUAUAAAUGGAUAGGGGAACGGAAGGUUUUUAUUGGUGUGUUCAGUUUGCCGUGCAAACACUAUGCAUUAAGAUGCUCCCCGGGUGCACCAGAAUGAAGGAGUUUUAAAUGUUUUCACCUCAAUGAUGUCUGCGUGUUGAUUGUUCAGUAAAACCAACUCUACUUUGUGCACAAACAUGUUUACAAGCUGCGGCCACGUGCGCCUCCUCCUCUUCCUCUUCCUCCUCACCUCUUUUCACGUCUUCCUUCUCCCCUUCCUCACCUCUCUCUCUCUCUCUCUCCCUCUCCUCUGUCAGCCAAACUAAUCCGGGAAGUGUUCUCAUGAAGUCUUCUCAUAAAUAAAUGAAUCCAACAUGUA